UCAACACCACGAAAGGUCAUUCCCUGCCUUACCGCGCAGUCUUCGUCCACGCUGCACGGGCCGCAGGGAGACGCAUCUUCUGAUCGCCAGCUUCCCUGAUCGGUCUGAUCCAUCCGAGUCAUGGCAGCCGUCACGUCGCGCGUGUCCGCGGCCCUCACAGGCGCCGUCAGCAACGCCACGGCCGGCAUCCGGCCGCUCUCCACCCGGCAGCUCGCAUUCAGAGCCGCUCCUUCCGUCGCCAGCCCGUCACAGCGCCUCUCGUCGGUCGUCCGUCGCUCCGACCAGCAGCAGCAGCAGCGCCAGCGCCAGCUGCAGUGCCGCGCGAGCAGCACGGAGACGGAGGCCCAGGCGGCGGUGUCGGACGACCUGUUCGGCGACUACAAGGCGACGGUCGCCGCGCUCUUCCCCGGCCAGGGCGCGCAGAGCGUCGGCAUGGGCGCGGAAGCCGCCGCCGUGCCGGCCGCCGCCGCGCUGUUCUCCAAGGCCAGCGAGAUCCUCGGCUACGAUCUUCUUGACGUGUGCGUUAACGGCCCCAAGGAGCGGCUGGACCUGACGGCCGUCAGCCAGCCGGCGAUCUACGUGGCGUCGCUGGCGGCGGUGGAGGCGCUGCGCGCGCAGGAGGGCGGCGCGGCGAAGCUGGCGAGCAUCGACGUGGCGGCGGGGCUGAGCCUGGGCGAGUACACGGCGCUCGCGUUCGCGGACGCGUUCAGCUUCGAGGACGGGCUCCGCCUCGUGCAGCUGCGCGGAGAGGCCAUGCAGGCGGCAGCGGACGCGGCCCCCAGCGCGAUGGUGAGCGUGAUCGGGCUUGGCGCGGAAAAGGUGCAGGAGCUGUGCGAUGCUGCCAACGAGGACGUGGAGGAGAGCCAGCGCGUGCAGAUCGCCAACUUCCUCUGCAACGGUAACUACGCUGUGUCUGGAGGCGUGGAGGGGUGCAAGGCCGUGGAGGCCAAGGCCAAGUCCUUCAAGGCGCGCAUGACAGUGCGACUAGCAGUAGCCGGGGCCUUCCACACGCGCUUCAUGGCCCCAGCCGUUCCUCGCCUCGAGGAAGCUCUAGCGGCCACCACCUUCCGUUCCCCCCGCAUCCCCAUCGUCUCCAACGUGGACAUGCGCCCGCACUCGGACCCCGCUGUCAUCAAGCGUAUCCUCGCCCAGCAGAUCACAUCGCCCGUGCAAUGGGAGGGAUCGCUGAAGCAACUGCUGGCCCGGGGGCUCACGGAGAGCUAUGAGCUGGGGCCUGGGAAGGUCAUUGCUGGGAAUAUGAAGCGGGUUGACAAAGCUGCCCCUGCUGUUGUCAAUGUUUCAGUGUAGAGGGGUUUUUGCGUACGAGGCAGCGCUUUGGAGUGAAAGCUACCUAGUUUGUCAUAAUAAUAAGGUAUAUUAUUUGCAACUGUAAGAGAACAAAUUUCUACCCGAGAGGUGUUGAAGAGGCCAGAAUAGUGA